AGCCACACAACACUGUUUAGACUGGAGAUCGACAGAAGCAAUUACAACCCAAACAUGGCUGGCAAGUUUGAUUUCUACAAAAAUAAUGAGGUGAGGAUUGUGAUGGUGGGGAAGACUGGAAUUGGAAAGAGUGCUACUGGAAACACCAUUCUGGGCCGUGAGUGCUUUGAAUCCAAGUUCAGUGCCAAAUCUAUGACUGCAGAGUGUUCCAAAGGAAAAGCUACAGUGGAUGGACAUCGUGUUGCUAUCAUUGACACCCCAGGGCUGUUUGAUACCAGGGUUGAUGAAGAGGAAACUCAGAAAAAUAUAUGUCAGUGCAUCUCCUAUGCUUCUCCAGGACCCCAUAUCUUCUUGGUGGUCAUCAAACUGGACAGAUACACUGAAGAGGAAAAACAGACGGUGCAAAAGAUUCAAAAAAUCUUUGGCACUGAUGCAGACAAAUACAGCAUGGUUCUCUUUACCCAUGGGGACCAACUUGAAGGCACCACUAUUGAAGAGUUCUUAGAAGGAAGCUCAGACCUGCAGGAACUCGUGGCCAGAUGUAACGGUCAGUACCACGUCUUCAAUAAUAAACUGAAGGAGCGCUCUCAGGUCACUGAGCUGCUCCAGAAGAUCAGAGAGAUAGUCCAGAAGAACGGAGGAAGCCACUACACCAAUGAGAUGUUCCAAAAGGCUGAGAGGGCGAUUGAAGAGGAGAAACAACGCAUCCUGAGAGAGAAAGAAGAAGAAAUACAGAAAGAAAAGGAGAAGGUUGAGAGAGAAAUACGGGAAAGAAAUGAGAAAGAGAUGCAGAAAUACAACGAACAACUCCAGGCUGAGAGAGAGAGGGAGAGGAAGGAGAGAGAGGAGGAGAGGAAGGAGAGAGAGGAGGAGAGGAAGAGGGAGAGAGAGGAGAGAGAACGGGAGAUGAAGAAGUUAAAGGAGAAGUGUGAGAGAGAAGUGGAGGAAGAAAGACGCAAGAUUCAGUCCGGAUAUGAAAAUGAAGCCAGAGAUGAAGCUGAGAAGUUUAAUCCAUUAUUUUUUCUGUUUGAUGGAUUUAAAAAAUUUGCGAAGAUCUUAAAAAACACUUUUAAAAUUUGACUCAUGCAUUGAAUGACAGUCAGGAUCUUUUUAUAUAGAAACUCAUGAUUACCGCUCUGUAUCAUUGUUUUAAACUUUUUCUUAGACUUCCCCUGCAUGUCUAGACUCCCUAAUAUGAUGUUACAGAUAGCAACAUGUUCAAAAGUCGUAAUAUUUUGGGAAUUUUAUGUGAGAUUCCUGUAAAAUUUGUCAAUCUUCUUUCUGAAGUUUUGAAGCUUUCUCUUUUUUUCAUUUACAGCUCGCUGUUUUCACACCGCAGAUCCUGUGGACAUGUUGAAUUUCCUUUUUAUGUUAUCUUAGUGAUUUAUUAGUUGGAGUUCAUACUGUGGGAUUUUGGGACAUUCACAGUAUCCAGUCAUUAUUUUAGUUAGAAAUAUCUGUAUGUAUGUAUCUUUGUAACUUCUCUUGUUGCCAAUGAUGAUGUUUUUGUUUAUGAGAUUUACUUUACUUAAUUUUCUUGGUGAAUGAAUCCGUGUUUGUUCCAACUUUUACCUUCCCCUUGACUCAG